AUGAAAUCUUAUCAUAUUAAUUACCAGAUCCCCCAUGGAUUAAUUAUAAAUUAUAGAAUGAAUAUUUAUGUAAUAUUCAUAUACACAUUUAUAUUAGUUAUUCUUAAAUCUUCAAAUUGUUCUGAUCAAUAUUCUGGAUAUUCAGAAUCUUCUGAUACAGAAGAUGAUAACUUUGAAGUAACACAAUCCGGACAACCAAUUCAACCACAACCCGAUCAACAACAUAUACCUGUAUAUUAUGGAGGACGUACUUAUCCACCUGUACAACCACAACCUCAAGAACAACACACUGGACCAACUCCAAUAACUCAUCCACAACAAUAUUAUCAACAAUAUUAUCAACAAUAUUAUCAACAAUAUUAUCAACAAUAUUAUCAACAAUAUUAUCAACAGUAUUAUCAACAACCACCAACUCAAGGUACAGGUUAUUAUGGACCUCAAUAUCAACAACCAAGUUAUCAACAAGAGUAUUACUCAGGAUAUUAUCAACCUACACAACCUCAACCUCAGCCUACACAACCUCAACCUCAGCCUACACAACAAAUACUAGUAACUUAUCCUGGAAUUCAAUAUCCAGUAUAUUCAGUUCCACCUGCAUAUCAACCUUAUCAACCUCCUCCUCAACAGCCACAUCAACCACACGGUUAUGUACCAUAUCAACCCUAUUAUCCACCUCCGCCAAUACCAGAUCAACCACAGUAUUAUCCAGGACAUGAACCUACACCAAUAAGAGAUCCUACCCAGAUAAUUAAAGAAUAUGAUCAAUUAUCAGAUAAAUUAAUUUCUGAUGCAAAAGAUAAACUAUUUAAAAAACAAAAAGAAUUGGACCUUAUAAAAUUCUAUAAAAAAACUAAAAAAGGCAAGUUAGUUCUAAUGACUGAAAAUGACUACACAAAAGUAUUUUCGAAUAAAUUUAUGACUAAAUAUAAACUCAAAUAUGAGCUUGAACAAAUAGUAUAUAAUAAAGAAACAAUUUAUAUUCAUAAGUAUGAAAUGAAUUAUUGCAAAUUACUAACUUAUUACAAAAAAAGUAACAGAUUUACAUUGUAUUUUAAUGAUGGAGCAUUUUUUUAUAUUAAGCAACGUAAUGGACGCUGGAAACAUUUUGCAAUAAAAGCACCAGAUUAUAUUAAACUGUAUACUCAUGAUUCACAAGGAAAUGACCUGUUGUUGAGUAGUGAACACUAUUAUAUUGAUUUAACAGACAAAGGUUGUAUUAAAUAUACAUUUAAGAUAGGUGUAAGGUGUACUAAAAUCAUAGUUAAUAAAAAGUUAGUUUGGAAACAGCGUGAUGAUCAUAAACCUAUUCCAAAUGCAGUAUCUGUUACAAACAAAAAGAAUGUAGUUCUAGAUUAUGAUAAUUAUAUUUCAGUAUAUUCUUUUAUUAGAGGACGUUUUAUGAGAUUACACAGUAAACCAAAUAAAGAAGGUUCUAAUGAAUAUUAA